GUCCAGGGCAUGGGUGAGUGGGGACUGUCAGGAGUCAGUGCAGCAGGGGAGCAAAGCAGGCAGGACAGCCUGUAGCUAAAAUGUGGACUUUCAGCCUGUGUGGAGGCAGUGGGCAGAGGGCACUGCAGAUUCCUCUUCCCACUUCACAACCCUGAAAGCUGAGGCAGGAAGCUGGCCUGCAGCCUCAUUUUCACAGGGGGCACACUCUGGAUCUUAGGCUGGUUGGGGGAGUCACUACCAGCUCCCCCACUCGCCACAGAAAGCUCAGGCUGGGUGGCUGACCAGGCAGGAAUGCAGUGUUCCCCUCUGGCCCAGGAGCCCAGCUCAGACACCUCAAUUCCCACCCCACCCCGCCCCAGCCCCACCCACAGGAUCCCUGCAGAUCCUAGGAUAAGGUGGAUACCUGAGCAGUGGACAGUUACCCAUCAACUAGCUAGAUCCUGGGCUGACACUCCCAGCAGGGUAGAUCCUGGGAAUCUGAUCUCCUGGCCUCCCCCACAUCCUCCCCCCACCCCACUUCCUGGAGCAGCGACCUGCCCCCUUCCCGCCUGCACUCCCCUCCACUUCCAGGGCAGGGCUUCUCACACCAGCCAGACAGCCUAGCGUCCACCCAAGGGAAGCAGCAGCCUCUAUCAGGCCGCUUCCAGGAAGCCCUGGGCCUGGCCCCGGCAUUGUUCAGGACCCUUCGGCCAGCACCCCAGGACACCAUGAAGUCCAGCAGCCCAGUGGAGAGGCUGCUCAGAGCCCUGGGGAGGAGGGACAGCAGCCGGGCCACCAGCAGGCCUAGGAAAGUUGAGCCACACAGCUUCCGGGAGAAGGUCUUCCGGAAGAAAUCACCGGUCUGUGCCGUGUGUAAGGUGACCAUCGAUGGGACAGGUGUCUCCUGCAGAGUCUGCAAGGUGGCUACGCACAGAAAAUGUGAAGGAAAGGUGACCUCUUCCUGUCAGGCCGCACCUCCCGCGGAGCUGCGGAGAAACACGGCCCCGGUGCGGCGCAUUGAGCACCUGGGAUCCACCAAGUCUCUGAACCACUCGAAGCAGCGCAACACUCUGCCCAGGAGCUUCAGCCUCGACCCGCUCAUGGAGCGGCGCUGGGACCUGGACCUCACCUACGUGACCGAGCGCAUCCUGGCCGCCGCCUUCCCGGCGCGGCCCGACGAGCAGCGGCACCGCGCCCACCUGCGCGAGCUGGCUCACGUGCUGCAGUCCAAGCACCGCGACAAGUACCUGCUCUUCAACCUUUCAGAGAAAAGACAUGACUUGACCCGACUAAACCCUAAGGUCCAGGACUUUGGCUGGCCUGAACUGCACGCACCCCCCCUGGACAAGCUGUGUUCCAUCUGCAAAGCCAUGGAGACCUGGCUCACCGCUGACCCGCAGCAUGUGGCCGUCCUGUAUUGCAAGGGGAGCAAAGGCAAGCUCGGUGUCAUCGUCUCUGCCUACAUGCACUACAGCAAGAUCUCUGCAGGGGCUGACCAGGCACUGGCCACUCUCACCAUGCAGAAGUUCUGUGAGGACAAAGUGGCCGCAGAACUGCAGCCCUCCCAGCACAGAUACGUAAGCUACUUCAGCGGCCUGCUGUCCGGCUCCAUCAGGAUGAACAGCAGCCCUCUCUUCCUGCACUACGUGCUUAUGCCUGUGCUGCCAGCCUUUGAGCCUGGCAAAGGCUUCCAGCCCUUCCUCAAGAUCUACCAGUCCAUGCAGCUCGUCUACACAUCUGGAGUCUACCAUAUUUCAGGCCCCAGCCCCCAGCAGCUCUGCAUCAGCCUGGAGCCGGCCCUCCUCCUCAAAGGCGACGUUAUGGUGACAUGCUACCACAAGGGCGGCCGGGGCACAGACCGAACCCUCGUGUUCCGAGUGCAGUUCCACACAUGUACCAUCCACGGGCCUCGGCUUUCCUUCCCCAAGGACCAGCUGGAUGAGGCCUGGACGGACGAGAGGUUCCCCUUCCAAGCCUCAGUGGAGUUUGUCUUCUCUACCAGGCCUGAGACCAAAGGCAGCACUCCAAGGAACGACCCCUCAGUCUCUGUUGAUUACAACACAGCAGAGCCCGCCGUGCGCUGGGACUCCUACGAGAACUUCAACCAGCACCAUGAGGAUAGUGUAGACGGCUCCCUGACCCACACUCGGGGCCCCCUGGAUGGCAGUCCUUACGCACAGGUGCAGCGGGCCCCCCGCCAGGCUCCGCCAACACCCUCUCCGGAGCCGCCCCCACCCCCCCUGCUGUCCAUCAGCAGCGACUCCGGCCACUCCUCUACACUAACCACAGAGCCAGCCGCUGAGUCCCCUGGACGGCCGCCCCCAACAGCAGUGGAGCGACAGGAGCUGGACCGCCUCCUGGGAGGCUGCGGGGUGGGGGCCAGUGGGGGCCGGGGGGCUGGGCGAGAGACGGCCAUCCUGGACGACGAGGAGCAGGCCCCCUCAGGGGGCGGCCAGCACAUCGGGGUUUACCCAGGCCACAGGCCUGGCCUCAGUCGUCACUGCUCCUGCCGCCAGGGCUACCGGGAAGCCUGUGGGGCCCCCAACGGAGGCUACUGCCGGCCUGAGGGGACCCUGGAGCGGCGGAGGCUGGCCUUCAGGGGCUACGAGGGACCCCCCCAGGGCUAUGCCGAGGCCUCGGUGGAGAAGAGACGACUGUGCCGCUCACUGUCAGAGGGCCCCUACCCAUACCCACCUGAGCUGGGGAAGGUGGCCAGCGCGGACUUCGGCUUCCGCGCACCCGGCUACCGGGAGGUGGUGAUCCUGGAGGAGCCAGGGCUGCCAGCCCCGUUGUGCCCCUGCCCCGCCUGCGAAGAGAAGCUGGCCCUGCCCACAGCAGCACUGUAUGGGUUACGGCUGGAGAGGGAGGCCGGAGAGGGCUGGGUGGGCGAGGCGGGCAAGCCUCUGCUGCACCCCGUGCGGCCCGGGCACCCUCUGCCCCUGCUGGUGCCUGCCUGUGGGCACCACCACACCCCGGUGCCUGACUACAGCUGCCUGAAGCCCCCCAAAGCUGGUGAGGAAGGGCACGAGGGCUGCUCCUACACCAUGUGCCCCGAAGGCAGGUAUGGGCACCCUGGCUACCCUACCCUGCUGCCGUACAGCUACGGGGGAGCCGUUCCCAGCUACUGCCCCACCUACGGACGGCUGCCUCACAGCUGUGGGCCCCCAGGAGAGGGCAGAGGGUACCCCAGCCCUGGGGCCCACUCCCCGCGUGCCGGCUCCGUCUCCCCGGGCAGCCCACCCUACCCACAGUCCCGGAAGCUGAGCUACGAGGUCCCUGCAGAGGACAGUGGGGACAGGUAUCCACUACCCGGGCACCUGGGCCCCACAGGGCCCUUGGCAUCGGCAGAGUCACCUGAGCCUGUGUCCUGGCGAGAAGGCCCCAAUGCACACAGCACCCAGCCUCGGUCUCCCCAGGAGGCCCCAGGCAGUGCCUCCUCUGAGCUGUCCGACCCCUCCACACCCCUGCACACCAGCAGCCCUGUCCAGGGCAAGGAGAACACCAGGAGACAAGACACCAAGUCCCCCACCUCAGCGCCCCCUCAGAGACUGAGCCCUGGUGAGGCUUCACCACCUGUGUCCCAAGGCAGCACCGAAAAGGCUCCUGAGCCACCAGCAAGAAGUGGGCUCCAGCCGCCUGCCCCCCUCUCUCCCACCUCCCCACCCAGCUCCCCCAAUGACUGGCCACAGGAGAGGAGCCCCGGGAAUCGCUCAGACAGUGCCAGUGCUCGAGUCCCCUUGCCCACCACGCUGCCCGGCCUCCGCCACGCACCCUGGCAGGGCCUUCGAGAUCCCCCAGACAGCCCCGAUGGGUCUCCGCUCACCCCCGUGCCUACCCAGAUGCCCUGGCUCAUGGCCAACUCAGAGCCAACGCAGAGCUCGCCCACGCCUGCCUUCCCCGUGGCCAUGUCCUAUGACGUCAAGGGCUCCAACCAGCCCCCGCUUCCUGAGAAACGCCACCUGCCAGGGCCGGGACAGCAGCAGGGACCCUGGAGCCCUGAGCCUGCCUCACCACCAGCCAGAGGCACCAGUCACCACGUCACUUUUGCCCCUCUGCUCCCAGAUAACGCCCCCCAAGCCCCAGAGCCCCCCAUGCAAGAGAGCCAGAGCAACGUCAGGUUUGUUCAGGAUACAUCCAAGUUCUGGUACAAGCCACACCUGUCCCGUGACCAAGCCAUUGCCCUGCUGAAAGACAAGGACCCAGGUGCCUUCCUGAUCAGGGAUAGCCACUCAUUCCAAGGAGCCUAUGGGCUGGCCCUCAAGGUGGCGACACCCCCACCCAGUGCCCAGCCCUGGAAAGGUGAUCCCCUGGAACAACUAGUCCGCCAUUUUCUCAUUGAGACUGGGCCCAAAGGGGUGAAGAUCAAGGGCUGUCCCAGCGAGCCCUACUUCGGCAGCCUGUCAGCCUUGGUCUCCCAGCACUCCAUCUCCCCGCUGUCCCUGCCCUGCUGCCUGCGCAUUCCCAGCAAAGACCCCCUGGAGGAGGCCCCAGAGGCUCCAGUGCCCACCAACAUGAGCACAGCGGCCGAUCUCCUGCGUCAGGGAGCCGCCUGCAGUGUGCUCUAUCUGACCUCAGUGGAGACCGAGUCCCUGACCGGCCCCCAGGCCGUGGCCCGGGCCAGCUCUGCAGCUCUGAGCUGCAGCCCCCGCCCCACGCCAGCUAUUGUCCACUUCAAGGUCUCAGCCCAAGGCAUCACGCUGACAGACAACCAAAGGAAGCUCUUCUUCCGCCGCCAUUACCCGGUGAACACCAUCACCUUCGCCAGCACUGACCCUCAGGACCGAAGAUGGACCAACCCCGAUGGGACCACCUCCAAGAUCUUUGGCUUUGUGGCCAAGAAGCCAGGAAGUCCCUGGGAGAAUGUGUGUCACCUCUUUGCAGAGCUGGACCCGGAUCAGCCUGCAGGUGCCAUCGUCACUUUCAUCACCAAAGUUCUGUUGGGCCAGAGAAAAUGAAGGCGGGCCACCGGCUCAGAGCCCACGUCCACACUGUACCCUCCCAACAGCCCACAGCCCUCACCUCCCCUGGCCUGGCCCCCAGGAAGCCCAGAGCCAGCCCCUCCCUCAGGAAUGGGGAGUGGGCAUCCACCCCAGACACGGCUCCCCUUCCCAGCUAAGCUAAGUGGACAGGCAGUGAGGUGACCUUGCACGUGAGCAGAAGGCAGAGACAGGAGUGUGAAGGCUGAGGAGGCCGCGCAGCUGAGCCCAGAGGGAGCAGGGACAGUCCCGCCUGCACAAGAGAGUCAGCCCUGCCCGCCCUGCCAGGCGGGACAGGGGCAGGGGCAGGGGGAGGACUGGGGUGUGUCACUCCUCUGCCCUCCCUCCCCCCAGCAGAGAGACCAGAGUGUGUGUGAUCACAUGAAGGGGGGGAAAGAAAGAGUCUAUUUUUGUCUAAGAAUAAAGAAUCUCUAACUUUUCA